UUUUUAAAAAAUCAAAUGGACACCGAUAAAACUCGGGCACUUUUUGCCCCACUUAUUCAGCGACCAGUAUUAACUGAUCAAUUACUUAACAGACCACCAUUUAAAUUUCUUCAUGACAUCGUAUCAGAAAUUAUUAAAUCUACAGGCUAUUCAGACGGACUUUUUACAGACGAUGAACUUGAUUCUACUAAAGCUUCAUCCUCACGUGAUAGUAAAAUUGCUUUUCUUCAAAAACUUAUUGAUUUACUUAAUAUUAAUGGUGAAUUAGAUGAUUUGAAGCCUGCCAAAAUUGUUGCUGGAAAAGAACCAGAAUUAACAAAUAUUUUACUUCAAUCAUUAGCUAUUGAAGCUGCAGCAUAUAAACAACAACAAAAGGAGAAAAAGAUAACAACUAAAUUAAAAUCCAGCAAAACUUCAUCUAAAGAAAAGGCAGAAAAAAGCAAGGAAAGAGAUAGUUCCAAAUCCCGAAGUAAAACUACCUCGAAACUGAAAACUAAAGAUGAAAAAGAAGAGAAAGUAAAAGUUCCAGAAGAGUCUUCAAAAGCUAAAAAAGUGAAGAAUGAAGAACAAGUAAUCCUUGAGACUAAAAGCAGAAGUAAGGAGAAAAAAAGUUCUACUUCUAAAGAAAAGUCAUCAAAGGAUACUACAUUAAAGGAAAAUAAAGAAAGGAAAAAGAAGAGGUCUGAUUCAAUUUCUAAAUUUGGAACAAAAGUUUCUACAACUGAAGUGACUGCUUCAGCUUCUCCCAUUUUAUCUACUCAACAACAAAUAUCUCAACCUCAUACAGAGUUGUUCUACAAUUCUAGUCUUCCCAAUACUGGAAGAACCCCACCAGGAAGAGAGUCAAGCGGUGGAACUUCUAAAGGAGGAGAUGAUUCUGGAAUUGCAGAAGAAACAGGAGCAGAAAGUGAAAGGCACGAUCUUUCAGAAAGAUCUAUUUCAGCUAAAAAUAGUCGUCCUGAAUUUAUUGAAGUUACUGAUUCAACACCUGAUUUGCCUCCACCUCAGCCUUUUAGACCUGGCACAGCAAUUGGACGACCCCAAACAGCGAUAGGGAGGCCAGGAACAGCAGUAGCGCGUCCAGCACCUCCAAAGCCAAAGAAAAAUAUUAUUGCUACAAAUUUAAAUGAAGAAGAGUCUUCAAUACAAGCUGAAAAUAAAAUGUUAAAUUUAAUUUUGGAUGAAAAGAAGGAAGAAACAAAAAAUGAAGAUUCUUGGUGGAAUGGUGAAUUAGUUGAAGAAGAGGAUGAGCAACAAUUUAUAUUAAAUUCUACUGGUGCAAAUAUCAACAAGUUAGCAGAGAGUAAUGAAGAACAUGGAGUUCUUGUAAAUAAAAUUAUCGAGAACACGAGAGAAUUGGGAAAAGAUCAAAUUAAGGUUGACGAUACAUUUAUGGAAGGAGAUUCUCUUGAUAUGCACGAACAAAUACGAAUCCGUGCUGAAAUUGAAACAACACAAAAAUCACUUCAAAAAAUGACUCAAUAUGUCCAACCAUUAGUUAGGACAUUAGAAUUUGUUGUUGACGAUUUUGAUUCAAUGUUGCGUGAAUUGGAAGAGACAAGAAAACAAAUUUCAAUUUUGGAAAGAAAAUUAGCCGAGCAAACAGUUAAUGCAGAUUCUGAGACAACAAAAUUAAAUAUUGCAAUCUCAACAAUUGAUAACGACAUUCAACAAGUUAAAGAACAAAUUGCUGGAUCAACAGCAAUUAUUUUGAGGAAUGAAAAUAAAUUAUCAGAAUUACUUGCAGUUCCUCACAAAUAA